UAAACCGCCUCUCUAUUCUUUGUUUUGCGCCCCAAACUCAGUUGCACCCGUGGCGGCCACCUUUUUCUCAAGUCCUCAUACGGCUCUCUCUUCUGAUAUUGAAUUACUGAUAACAUAGAAACUACUAAUCUGAAGGAAGACUCGAUGGCAUUAAGAGAAGUUAGCAACAGUUCUGUCCUUAAUACUUGCUUUGUGAAUAUUUCAAGAUGUUUUUCUCUAAAGUCGUCUCUUGCUCCAUAUAAGUAGGACGAAUUGUGCGCAGACCUGAAGCAGUUAACUGUAGGUUGAAUGGAAAGGACAGUUUGUCAUUGAUGCAGAUAACUUAGAUUAAAGCCAGGAACUUCAGAACCGAAACUAUGCUUCCUCUUUCAUUUUUGCUCAUUAGCAUAAGUUCUUCCUGUAUAUCUUACAUGUAUGCUUGGCCGCACUCCGAAGCAGCAGAUGACAGUGAUGAAUCUCUGUCUUUGAUACCUAGAACAUGGAAAAAGAAUACAGAGAAGAAAAACACUUGGUGGUCUAAAAAGUCUGUCGUUGACGAAGAUAUAUCGGAUGCUGCAGCUGACAUUUUGAAGCUAAACCAAGAAGUUUCACCCACAAACAAAAUAGAAGGCUGCUUUACUGACAGAUGCAUGUUUCUACUCAUGGAAUGCUUACGUCAGGGCGAGAGUAGAGUGGUUUUCAUGAAGUGCAGAGAAUCCCAUUUCUCAUGUUUCGCCAAUUGCAUCAAGGAAAACAGAGAUCGUUAUUUAUUCAAUAGUGUUCCUAUGCCAUCAUAAAAUACCUACAUUGUAAAAGAUAAUAAGUAAAAAUAUAUCUUUUAAAAAUUAGGUGCAAUUAGCCUAAUACACGAUUGUUGUUAUUCAGACAUUUACUUGUAAAUCCAUCAACUCAGAAUACUGAUAAAUAAAUAAAUUGCAGAUUAUAA